AUGAGGAUCCGUUCUGGGCGGCUUUCGAGAAAUCUCUCAAUGCCGAGUGAGUCCUUCGCUCACAUCUCUGUUUCAUCGGAAGAAUAUAUAGCAAACUAAAAAAAAACACUGAUGUUAAAACUAUUCCGUAUGAAUAUUUUCAAAAUGUAAAGUUGAUGUUUCUGAAUUUUUUUUAACUUUUUUUAAAUAAAAAAAGGCAAAAUUUGAUAAAGAAUAAUUUCAGAGGCUGCAAAUUCAAACGGGAGAUUUUCAUCGGCGCCACUGACUCGCGAUUCAUCAGAGCGGUGAUUUUUUUCGAAAUUUUUUUCGAGAUUUUUUUUAGUAAUUGAGUAGAAGAAAUAAGUAAUAUAGAGCCUUCAAAAAAAUAAAUUUGCUUACUAAAUUGAAUUAAAAAUUUAUUUUUUUGAAUUUGUCGAUAUUAAAAUAAUGUGGAACCGAAAAAAGAGUCUCUUGAGAUUUUACGAAAAUAAAGCUAUGAAAAAGUUAAGCAGACCGAAAUUCAGCUUCAAGGUAAUUUCGGCGAUUUCAAAAAUCUUUUUUUUUUGAAAUGAUUUCGCGAAAGAGACAGAAUUAGAACUCGGGGGCCUUAUAACAAGAAAAAGGGUCCCACAACGAUAUGAUCCCCAAAUAAAUUGAAAAAUUCAAAUCUGCGCUUAAAAAUCACCGUGUAGAGUUACAUAUCGUGGUCGUAGUAGAACCCCUUUUACGGCUUCCGGAUUUCUAAUUUCGCCUAAUUUGCGCAUUCUGAACAAAUGACGAGUCAAUUUUCAAAUCGCAGAAAUCACUCUGAACACGUCAUCAGGAAGAAAAAACCAAACAAAAUAUUAAAAAAACAAAAAAUUCAGAAAAAAGUUAAGCAGACCAAAAUUCAGCUUUCAAAAACGUCAAGCAGACCAAAAUUCAUUCCUCAAAAAGUUAAGCAGACCAAAAUUCAUUCACCUAAAAGUUAAGCAGACCAAAAUUCAUUCACCUAAAAGUUAAGCAGACCAAAAUGCAGAUCUCAAAAAGUUAAGCAGACCAAAAUGCAGCUCUCAAAAAGUUAAGCAGACUAAAAUUCAUUCCCCAAAAAGUUAAGCAGACCAAAAUGCAGCUUUCAAAAACGUCAAGCAGACCAAAUUGCAGCUCUCAAAAAGUUAAGCAGACCAAAAUUCAUUCUCCAAUAGUUAAGCAGACCAAAAUGCAGCUUUCAAAAACGUCAAGCAGACCAAAUUGCAGCUCUCAAAAAGUUAAGCAGACCAAAAUUCAUUCUCCAUUAGUUAAGCAGACCAAAAUUAAUUCUCCAAAAAGUUAAGCAGACCAAAAUGCAGCUUUCAAAAACGUCAAGCAGACCAAAUUGCAGCUCUCAAAAAGUUAAGCAGACCAAAAUUCAUUCUCCAAUAGUUAAGCAGACCAAAAUGCAGCUUUCAAAAACGUCAAGCAGACCAAAUUGCAGCUCUCAAAAAGUUAAGCAGACCAAAAUUCAUUCUCCAUUAGUUAAGCAGACCAAAAUUAAUUCUCCAAAAAGUUAAGCAGACCAAAAUUUAUUCACCAAAAACUCAGGAAGUCCAAAAUCAGUGAUCGCCGAAAAUCAUUUCAGCUUCUCGAGUAAACCAAUAAAUCAAUACAAAAUUAAGAUGGGAAUCCGAUCGAUCGGCUUCUCGCCAAUGAUCAACACGCCGUCGCUGCUCCACGACCACAACGAGUACCUCAACGAGAACGUCUUCCUUCGGGGCGUCGAAAUUUAUCAAACUCUCAUCGAUAACAUCGCCAAUGUCCCUGAUUUCUAAUUUAUUCGCCUUGCUUCACUUAUUUUUCGCCUUGUAAAUAUUUUUUUUUAUUGCCAGGGGUUUUUUUUCAAUGCUGCUGGUGAUGAUUUUUUAGUGAUUUUUUGGUGAAAUGAACUGGUUUUUAUUUAUGUUGGUCCGAUUUUCAUGGGAAAUAAAAUUCAGGGGCUGUCGGAAGUGAGAGUAGAAUUUUUUCGAGUCAUGAGGCUGAAAAAGCAGAAAUUUGAGGCUCAGCGCCCGACCAGAAACGGCUUGCGCACAAGGGCAUCGGAAAGCAUUGGAUCAGGCGGUAGUCAUCAUUCCAACCCCAGUGCAACCCCGACGUUACUACGUGCAAUUUUUUUUAAAUCGUCCGAAUUUCCAAAUCGUCCAAAUUGAUUUCUAAUCAUUAGAAAUUACAAGCUUGCAAUAUUAUCAGUACCUCCAACAACCGGCUUAAAAACGAUUAUGAUAGUUCUAAGCCCUCCCCGAUAGUUUUCUCACCUUCGCGGCAAUCUUUUUUCCGCUUUUUUCUUUCUUUUUUUGAAAAAAUGUUCAAAAUUGAGGAUUUUUACUCACUUGGCAAGAUGAAAACCGCGCUUCUGCUCCUGUUUCUGGCGGCGCCUUUGAUGUCCUACAGUAUCCCAAGUUUGUAGUUUUCAAAAAAAAGAAAAGAAAAAAAUCAUUUUGAAGAAGCUGGAGAUGCAGCUUCAUCCUCGACUGCAGGUGGGUUGAUUUUUUUCUGAAAAUUUUUCGCCUUUUCAGUACCCUCAGGUCCUCCAGCUCCAGCAGUGACGUCACCAGGUCUCUUUCAGGCUCCUAUACUCAGAAUAAAUCAUUUUCAGCGACUUCGAUCAAGCCUGUGACGUCACCAGGUAAUCCUGUUCCCGAAACUUUUGAAAUGGACAAAUUUCCAGCGCCUUCUUCAUCGACCAAGCCAGUGACGUCAUCCGUAGCUCCAGUGACGUCACCAGGUUUUCAUUUUCUGGUUUGAGAAUCGAAAAAGAGAUUUUCAGCAGCUUCGACACUUCAGCCAGUGACGUCACCAAGUCCUGCAGCUCCGAGCUCAUCUGCAGCUCCAGUGACGUCAUCAGCGGCUCCUAUGACGUCACCAAAAAAUCCGACUUCUUCCUCGCCUCAAGUGAUGUCAUCAGCGGCUCCUCCUAGCUCUUCUGCUCAGCCAGUGACGUCGUCUAUGUCUCCUGUGACGUCAUCGAAAAAUCCGGCCUCUUCUUCACAACCUCCCGUAACACCCGAACCUCCAACUAGAAUCCCACAUCCGUCGAAGUCGACUCAAGUGACGUCAUCGGUGGCUCCUCCUAGCUCUUCUGCUCAGCCAGCGACGUCUCCCGCAACUCCAGAGCCUCCAACGAGAAUUCCCCAUCCUUCGAAGUCCACUUCAGGAGCUCCAGGGUCAUCAACGACGGAACUCAAGACUCCGGAACCUCCAACCAGGAUUCCUCAUCCUUCCAAGUCCACUUCAGGAGCUCCAGGGUCAUCAACGACGGAACUCAAGACUCCGGAACCUCCAACCAGGAUUCCUCAUCCUUCCAAGUCCACUUCAGGAGCUCCAGGGUCAUCAACGACGGAUCUCAAGACUCCGGAACCUCCAACCAGGAUUCCUCAUCCUUCAAAGUCUACCGUAAGCUCUACAGUACCUGCCAGCUCAUCACCAGUAUCAACUAAAGCCUCCGGAAGCUCUACAGUAUCCUCAGGCUCUACAGUACCCCAGAAAUCUACUGUAG